AUGGAUAGAGUGAAAUACAGGCAUUGUGAAUUGUCAUUAGAUAUCAUUGAUGUGUUAGACCUUUUCUCCUUCAGUACUGUGUACUUUUGUUUCAGUGAUGACAGAGCAGUGUUUGUUUUUCUGGUGUUAUAUUGCACCAUAUUUAAAACUUCACAGUCAAGGGAUACAUGUGUACAAGUAAGACCUCUCAGCCCUUGUUCAUGACUGAGACUUGUCGACUCUCGUCGCAUCUCUUAGUUAUUAUAGACAUCACUGAGGUAAGAUAAAUAAAUAAAAUACUGUAUAGUAGAUUUAAUCGUCCUCAGAAGAUCAGUCUAACUUCAAAUGUCUCACUGAGUUCUUUCUUUCUUCAUGCAGAUCGUGAGAUUCCUAUGUUAAAAUGCAUUUAGAGAUGUUAUCUUUACAUCAGUAUGUUUUAGAUUUCUCAAAUGGAACCAGGAACUAUUUUACGCUUUGCGGUGACCACCUUACAGUUCCCAUGUUCUGGUCAGGACUCUCUGCAUUUUGUGUUCUUCUGGGAAUCUUCGCCAGUGUCGUUGUACUUCGGAAACUUUGUCAAAGACAUCGACAAAACAUUUCUACUAAUGACUUCUUUGUGUUUAAUCUGACGAUCAUUGAUCUUGUUUUCCUAAUUUGCUUGCCUUUCAGUGUCUAUAACUACAUGCUUUUGCACAACUCAGAAUUUGAAUACUUUAAUAAUUUCACAUACUCACUACCCAUAUGUGGGAGACCUCUCUUCAUGGCUUGUGUUUGUGGAGAUUAUUAUUUUGCUGUGGUUCAUCCCAUCAUCUACAUCAACAGCAGGAGAACUGCCAUUAUCAGGAAGGUAAUCGCAGUGACAAUCUGGCUGUUUAUCAUUUGUUUUGGUCUUCUUUUGGUCAUAUAUCCUUGGAUUUUUACAACUACUUUUACAUCUACACCUCUUUUUAUUUCCCUACUUGUGAUUGGUUUUUGUGAUGUAUCAGUUUUACAAGCUUUGAGAAAACCCGAUCCUUCAGGGAAAAGUAAUAUACAUCCACAAAAGAAGAGAGCCCUGCGUACCAUCAUUAACAGUUUUAUCUUGACUUUCACUGCUUACUUGCCACCAGUACUUAUCUUUUCAUUUGGACACAAUUUACCAAUACGUUUUGAAAUGUACUACUGCAUUUUAAUCUUUAUUGCAAUAUGUUCCACUGUCUCUGGAGGUGUCAUUAUGCCAUUUCUGUAUCUGGAGAGCAUAGGUCAGCUCAACAUACAACAUAUUGUAGCAAAAAUAAAAUUGAGGAGAUGAAAAUGGAAUGGAAAUAGAGUUUUUCCUAGUCUAUCUUUAUGGUCUUACAAUUAUAGUCAUAGUCAUUACUGAAUUUGUCUGAAAAUAAUUAAUGUACAAAUGGUCAUUUGGGGGUUAAUAGCCAAAUUACUUGAAUAUAGACAUUUGUUGUUAUAUAUUGGAAUUGUGUACAUUAAAAAUUAUAAUA